AUGCCCUCUUUGAGCUCGACCAGAUCAAUCUUCUCAACCCUCAGAUCAGUCUCAAAACCUAUUCAACCAGUAGUAUCAAGGAACAUCAGGAUGUCUUCUUCAGUACCCGUACCAAAAGACUUCAACUCAUGUCUCUACCAAUCUUUGGCGGAGGCUGAUCCAGAGGUCAACAAGCUCAUCGAGCAAGAGACCUGGAGACAGUUCUCUGGUUUGGAAUUGAUCGCUUCCGAGAACUUGACUUCCCUCGCUGUCAUGGAAGCCAACGGUUCCAUCUUCACCAACAAGUACUCUGAAGGUCUCCCCGGUGCUAGAUACUACGGUGGUAACGAAUACACUGAUAUCCUCGAAAACCUCACCCGAGAAAGAGCUUUGAAAGCUUUCAACCUCGAUCCCAAGGUAUGGGGUGUCAACGUUCAACCCUACUCCGGUUCCACUGCCAACUUUGCCGCUUUCACCGCAUUGAUCAACCCUCAAGAUCGAAUCAUGGGUCUUGGUCUUCCCGAUGGUGGUCACUUGACUCACGGUUAUUACACCGCCAAGAAGAAGAUCACCGCUUCUUCCGUCUACUUCCAAUCAUUCCCUUACCGAGUUGACCCAAAGACCGGUAUCAUUGAUUACCCUCAAUUGGAGACCAACGCCAACUUGUUCAAACCUAGAUUAGUCGUCUGCGGUGGUUCCGCUUACCCUAGAGAUUGGGAUUAUCAACGAUUGAGGAAGAUCGCCGAUGGUCAAGGUGCAUACUUGUUAUCUGAUAUGGCUCACAUCUCAGGUUUGGUAGCUGCUGCCGAACAGAACUCUCCCUUCGAAUACUGUGAUGUAGUUACCACCACCACCCACAAGACCCUCAGAGGUCCUCGAGCAGGUUUGAUCUUCUUCCGAAAGGACAAGGAAGCCGAUCUCGAAGCACGAGUCAACGCCGCUGUCUUCCCAGCUUGUCAAGGUGGUCCCCACAACAACACCAUCGCCGGUAUUGCCGUCGCCCUCAAGCAAGCUGCCGCUCCUGAAUUCAAGCAAUACGCUAAACAAGUUAGAGCCAACGCCGCUGCCAUGGCUGCCGUCCUCUUCAAGCACGGUUACAGACUCCAGACUGAUGGUACCGAGAACCACUUGAUCCUUUGGGAUCUCAGACCAAUUGGUUUGACCGGUUCAAAGGUUGAGAAGAUCUGUGAUGCCGCUCAUAUCACCUUGAACAAGAACGCCGUGGCUGGUGAUACCUCCGCCCUUGUCCCCGGUGGUGUCCGAAUCGGUACAUCCGCUCUUACCUCCCGAUCAAUGGUUGAAUCCGAUGUUGAGAAGGUUGCCGAAUUCUUACAUCGAGUUGUUCAAAUCGCCUUGAAGACCCAAGAAGAAGCCGGAUCCAAAUUAUUGAAAGAUUUCGUCAAGGCUUACGAGGGUCAAGGUGAAGCCUCCAAAUUGAUCGUCGAGUUGAAGAAGGAUGUCAUGAAAUUCGCUACUUCUUUCCCUCUUCCUGGUGUCCCUGAUACCACCAAGAUCGUCCGACCCGAAGGUGUCGAUCUUUGA